AUGGCGACAAUCAUCACGAUAUUGCGGAAUCCUCUUGGGUUAUCGCCAGCACCAUCGCCUCGAGCGCAACGAUUUCAAGACUACCAAGAGAAUCAACCAGAUACGAGAUCUGCGUCGAACAGCAUUAUGGGGCGCCUAUCUUUGACGCAUCUUCUGAUCAUCGGCAUCUUUUCACUAGUUGUCAAGGCCGUUGUCACCAACCGGCUUGUACCGUACUCAGAGAACGGCAAGAGCUAUGAGUGCAAGUGUUCGCCGGCCGACGAUUGUUGGCCCAAGGCGGACGCCUGGGUCAAGCUCAACGUCAGCGUUGGGGGCAACCUUAUUCAGAACAUCCCUCCUGCUGCCGUUUGCUACAACCAAUACCGUGGGAUCUCGACAUACAACUCUGCCAAAUGCGCCGAGGCAACGGCCAAGUGGACGGAUGAGAGAUGGCAGAUCUCCCAACCAGCAUCACAGCUGUGGACUUGGGGAAGCAACAACACCUGCGAACUGACAACUGAUCCUACACGAAACUGCUCAUCCGGCAACUAUCCCGAAUAUGUCAUUAUCGCCAAGACGAAGGCUCACAUCAAGGCUGGCGUCGACUUUGCGAGAUCACGGAACAUCCGACUGGUUAUCCGCAAUACUGGUCACGACUUUGAGGGACGAAGCGCUGGUGCCGGCUCUUUGGCUAUCAAUACCCACAACUUCAAGGAUAUCUCCUUUGUGGACAGCUACAGCGGUCCCGGAGACUACAGGGGCUCUGCCAUCACCAUCGGCGCUGGUGUUCAAGGGUACGAGAUUUCCGAUGCAGCUCACGCCAGAAACCCGCCUCAAAAUAUGUUGAUGGGAGAAUGCGAGACUGUUGGCGUUGCCGGCGGAUUCAUGGGCGGUGGUGGCCAUGGUCCUUUGAGCAAUCUGUACGGCUUCGGUGCUGACAACGCACUAUCCUUCGACGUGGUCACCGCUGCUGGAGACUUCAUCACCGCUAACUCUCAAACCAACUCGGAUUUGUACUAUGCUCUCAAGGGUGGCGGUCCUGGCAACUAUGCCGUCGUGCUGUCUGUCACCUUGAAGACGCACCCUGACACGACCCGCGGCGCCGGCCUCUACCUCAACGUCAACGGGACUACAGGAGCCAGCUUCGACCAGGUUAUGAAGGCCGUCAACAAGCUUCAUGAGCUCGGCAACCAGUUCGUGGACAACGGCCUCUAUGUCAUCUACGAGUUGUAUCCAGCAGUGAUUGGCGGAGCACUUCACAUUCAGCCUAUCAUGGGUAUGAACAAGACGGCAGCACAGCUUACCGCCAUCGUCCAGCCACUUCUAUCCUACCUCGACUCGCAAAACAUCCCCUACGACUCCGGCGUCAAGGAGUACCCGAACUACUACACCCUUUUCCACGACAUCUUCGAACCCGAGGCCGCUGCCCAAAACGGUCUGACUGGCGGAUGGGUCUUUACUCACCAGGACAUGGUGCAGAGUAACCAAGGCGCUGUUGCUGAUGCUAUCAAACUUGCUCUUGCCCCGGCUGCGGACAAGUUCGGCAUUGUCAUCAGCCACAUGUUUGAUCCAGGCAUGACGGUCAAGACACCCCAGAGUGCCACCCACCCGAGAUGGAGAGGAGCAACCAUGAGAACAAUGGCCAUUCUGCCCCAGGCUUUGGACGCUACUUGGGCUCAGAAGCUGGCUCUCAAUGAUUUGAUGGUGAACACCAUCACCGAAAAAUUCAAGCAAGCCGCUCCCAACGGUCUAGCUUACGUGAACGAGAACUAUGCGUUCAUGAAGAACUGGCAAGACGCCUUCUGGGGACCCAUUUACUCCAAGCUGGUUGCGACGAAGAAGAAGUGGGACCCUAAUGGCAUCUUCUUUUCCUGGUCGACACCUGGAAGUGAGGAGUGGACUGUUGUCGACUACUUGAACAGACUUUGCAAGAAGAAGUGA